GUGGUGCACCUGUCCAGGUGAGCUGCUCCCAGACGUAAUGUGACGCUGCUGCUCUUCAUCACACUUCAGAGGGAAACAGUUUCUCCGUCUCUGAAGGAAAUCAGGUUGUUUCUCGGCUCGGUGGAUUUAAAGGAUCUUCCGUCAUGGAUAAACUGAAGUCUGUCCUCAGCGGCGAAGAGGCGCGUAAAGAAGAUCGAACCGUCCUAGAGACUGUGAACGAAGCCUCCACGCUGAGCUGGACCACAAGAGUGAAGGGAUUCGUAGCCUGUUUCGUGGUGGGGGCCGCGUGCACGGUGGUGGGAGUGUGUUUGCUCUUCCUCCCCAGGAUUGGAAUCACCCUCUUCAUCGUCUUUUACACUUUUGGAAACCUAUGUGCUUUGGGCAGCACUAUGUUUCUGAUGGGACCACUGAAGCAGCUGAAGAAGAUGUGUGACAAAACAAGAGCACUGGCCACCGCUAUUAUGAUCACCUGCCUGGUGUUGACUCUAUGUGCAGCUUUCUGGUGGAAGAACUUUGGACUUGCUUUGUUAUUUUGCAUCUUACAAGUCUUGUCAUUUGCCUGGUACAGCCUGUCAUACAUCCCAUUUAUGAGGGAGGCCCUAAUGAAGAUCUUGGCGGUCUGCAUGAAAUGAGCAGCGUCUUCUUGCUGAACUUGAGGGAAAUCGGCAUGUCUCUUAUUGAUUUUAUUAUGAUAUAUUUGUAUUGUUCUGCUUCAGAGUCUGUGACUCUUACUGCUGCUCAGCCCUCCUCUGUUAAUACGUGAACAUCACAUGUUUUUAUCUCUUAAGUAUGUCUCUUUUUCCACUUUUAAUUUAAUUGAUUAACUGUUGCAAUGAAUGACGAUGCUAUUGAUGACUCAAGCUGUUCAGUCCCAGUUUUACAUGUGGAAGCAUUUUGUAAUAUAUGUAAAUAUUUGUAAUAAAUGAUGUAACUUUUUUGGUAAAUUA